CGCAAAUUUAUUUGUUUGUUUACAUUUGAGCAACGAGAAUGAAUUCUGAGAGAAAGAUGUUAAUUGCGAAAGCAUUGGCUUUGAGAAGCCAAAUAAAUAUCCUGCUCAUCGACAAUUCUUCAAGAGAACUAUUGGAAUGUCUUACUACUCAGCACCAUGCCUUGGCAAAAAAGAUAGCCGAGUUAAAGAAACAACAUCUAAUCGUAUUAGAAUUAAUAAAGGACCUUGGGAUGCCGAUUAAUUCAUGUUGGACAAAACAACGUAAGAAUCAGUUUUGGGAACACGAUUGCCAACGAAACGGUUGUGCUUUUUUUAAAGAGAACUUUCGCAUGAACCCAAGUUCCUUUGAUAAAUUAUGUGACAUCCUCCGCCCGUUACAAAAAAUGGAUACAAAUUACCGAAAAGCUAUUCCUAUCGAGAAAAGAGUGGCUAUAACAUUAUUUGCUUUAGGGUCAUCUGCAGAGUAUCGUAGUAUCGCCAACAUGUUCGGUGUAGGAAAAUCUACGGUUUGCGAAAUUUUACUGGAAUUUUGCACCGAAAUCUGGAGAUUACUGCAACCAUCCUGUUUUAAAAUGUUGCCUCUAAACAGAGAAAAUAUAACCGAAUUGGUGACUGGUUUCGAGGUAAUUGGAUUCCCACAAUGCUUAGGAGCAAUUGACGGAUGCCACAUUGAGAUUCAUCCAUCAUCUGACGAAGCUGUUGAUUAUUAUAAUUAUAAAGGAUGGUAUUCCACCGUUUUAAUGGCAUUAGUUGAUGUUAAAUACCGUUUUACUUACAUAAACGUAGGAAGUCCCGGGCGAUGUAAUGACUCUCAAAUUUAUGAGACGUCAUCACUUAAAAAAUAAAUGGAUAGUUGUCCUUUA